UUCUCGCUGAUAUAAAUUCUGCACGGAUUAAGGUCAUAUGGUAUACCAUAUUCAUUGGGUACUUGACAAUUUCAAUUGCAACGUAAUCGUUUCUUUUGAGGGUGACAUAAUUGAACCAGUCGUCUUUAAAUUUUGAAUUUUUAUAUUAUAUUUUGUUUUCUUUUCUAAUAUUUUCAGAAACCAUUUGUGUUGAAUUCAAGGGACGGCAUUGAAGCUGGACACAUUUAAACCAUAACCACAUGCAUCGUAAAGUACAUAACACCCCGUUAACAGUGCCAUAGUGCCUAGAUACCGCUGUAAAUAGACACAUCUCCGGAGGGUUGAAGAAAACCAAAGACGCGAGACCAGUUUGCAGCUGUUAAUCGUCAGCUCAUUACCCAGUACAAUAACGGAGCUGUGAUUGCCUGUAAAUUGUUUCAUUACUCAAUCGAUGCCAAUGCCAGGGAACACUCUGCACAGCAGUUGCCAGAGACUGCACACAGCAAUCAUCCCCUUGAUGAAUGUUACAUGUGAAGGCUAAUAUUUGACUGACAGAGACGGUCGAUCAAACCCACAACUUCAGUGUACAAUCCACACUGUAACCUGGCUCACAUCACAGUUUUAAAUUAGCCUCUACUCAACAUGCAGUUGUACGGUUUCACUCUGUUUGUGUUGUUCGCCUCUGGCCUAGUAUUUAAAACCGCACAAAGAGAUCCAAUGUGCCCUAAGAUGUGUCACUGUAUUAGCCGCCUUAAUCAGGUAAGCGGCGUCCACGAGGACGUCACUGACUGUUCCAGUGCAUUACUGUCUGCGUUGCCCCAAGGCGUGCCCAAUACCACCGAAAUCCUCAUUUUAAAAGACAACAGGCUGUCAGAUGUUGACGGAGUAUUCAGUUUAGAGCUAUCACGUCUCGUGACGCUAGAUGUUUCCUACAACAAACUCAACCGUCUUUCCAAGAUAUAUCCCUCGGAUGAAGUCCCACGGGCACUCUUUGAGCUUACUUAUUUGAAAAUAGAUUGGAAUACUAUCGAUUAUCUAGGAGAAUCGCUGUUUCGGGGAUUGGACAGUCUAAAGGAGUUGUCGAUUUCCCAUAACAUUAUCGAGAGAAUCCAUCCAAAAGCUUUUAUUGGACUAUUUAAUUUGACCCGUUUAAAUCUCAGCGGGAAUCGUCUGAACGGUAUUGUCGCCAGUUGGUUCGUAGAUCUCUCAGAACUGCUGGUAUUAAAUAUGGCUGGAAAUACCAUCGAUUCUCUGCAAGCCGGCGUUUUCUCUUCCUUAAUUAAGUUACAGGUUUUGGAUCUCAGUAACUGUGGAUUAAGAAGGAUAAUGCCAGAUGCGUUCUCUGGUUUAGAGGUGUUACAGAAGCUGUAUAUCCAGCACAAUAAACUACACAAUGUACCAACAUUGACUUUACAAGUCUUUGCGGACCUACGCUUGAUGGACAUAAGUUCUAACAGAAUAACUCAGUUGGGACCACAGAGUUUUUAUUCAAUUAAUGUGAGCAAUUUGAUACUUAACGAUAUGGAAGGUCUGACGAUGAUCGAUACCUUUGCUUUUCAAAACUUGCCACGGCUGUCGACCCUAGAGAUCGAGGGCAAUCGCAAUCUGGAGUAUAUCGACUCUAACGGUGUUUUAAAAGUGCCAAAUCUGCAGCGAUUAAAGCUGAGUGGAAACAACAUUCAGUCUAUACCUAGCAAGCUAUUAGGACUCCUUCCAGAUAACGUUUCUCUUGACAUUCAGCGAAACCCAUUAUCAUGUGACUGUAACAUUGGGUGGUUGGAAAAUGCUAGGAGAACUGGGCGUGUUGUUAUAAAUGGUUUUGAAAAUUUAGAGUGUGUUAGAAACGAUAGCAGGUGGUUGGUUUCUGCAGUAAUCGGGAACACGAAUCAAGAUGGCUGUUCACCUAUCAUAACCCCUCGCCUACCAUCAACGGUCAAACAGCUCGUGACAAAGCCGGUGGUAAUGAGGUGUCUAGGAGCUGGCAACCCUGAACCGGAUAUCCGGUGGAGACUGCCCAGUGGCUCACUGUGCAAAUCUGGGUCAGUUUGUGUCAGCGUGAAUGUUGACCAACACGGUACAUUGAAUAUACCGCGUCUGGCCCCAUCUCUUCAGGGAGUGUACACGUGUCUCGCUGUAAACAAAAACGGCAACAUCCGGGCACCUAUCAACGUCACUGCAGAGAAAUUCAAAACCCAUGCGCUGAUCCUGGAAAUUGGGUCAGAUUUUCUGAAGUAUACGUGGACGGAUUUAGACUGGGUGAAUCAUUUUGAGAUGCAGUAUAAAUACGAAGUUCUGUUGAUCCAGUAUAUUAACAGAGGCCACGAUUGGAGAAUACUGCGCAAAUUUGACAUCAAGCCGUAUAUGAAAUACAGCACAUUUAACGGUCUAAAAUCACAGCAGUCCUAUGGUGUUUGCGUGCCCAAUACCACCGAAAUCCUCAUUUUAAAAGACAACAGGCUGUCAGAUGUUGACGGAGUAUUCAGUUUAGAGCUAUCACGUCUCGUGACGCUAGAUGUUUCCUACAACAAACUCAACCGUCUUUCCAAGAUAUAUCCCUCGGAUGAAGUCCCACGGGCACUCUUUGAGCUUACUUAUUUGAAAAUAGAUUGGAAUACUAUCGAUUAUCUAGGAGAAUCGCUGUUUCGGGGAUUGGACAGUCUAAAGGAGUUGUCGAUUUCCCAUAACAUUAUCGAGAGAAUCCAUCCAAAAGCUUUUAUUGGACUAUUUAAUUUGACCCGUUUAAAUCUCAGCGGGAAUCGUCUGAACGGUAUUGUCGCCAGUUGGUUCGUAGAUCUCUCAGAACUGCUGGUAUUAAAUAUGGCUGGAAAUACCAUCGAUUCUCUGCAAGCCGGCGUUUUCUCUUCCUUAAUUAAGUUACAGGUUUUGGAUCUCAGUAACUGUGGAUUAAGAAGGAUAAUGCCAGAUGCGUUCUCUGGUUUAGAGGUGUUACAGAAGCUGUAUAUCCAGCACAAUAAACUACACAAUGUACCAACAUUGACUUUACAAGUCUUUGCGGACCUACGCUUGAUGGACAUAAGUUCUAACAGAAUAACUCAGUUGGGACCACAGAGUUUUUAUUCAAUUAAUGUGAGCAAUUUGAUACUUAACGAUAUGGAAGGUCUGACGAUGAUCGAUACCUUUGCUUUUCAAAACUUGCCACGGCUGUCGACCCUAGAGAUCGAGGGCAAUCGCAAUCUGGAGUAUAUCGACUCUAACGCUGUGUUAAAAGUGCCAAAUCUGCAGCGAUUAAAGCUGAGUGGAAACAACAUUCAGUCUAUACCUAGCAAGCUAUUAGGACUCCUUCCAGAUAACGUUUCUCUUGACAUUCAGCGAAACCCAUUAUCAUGUGACUGUAACAUUGGGUGGUUGGAAAAUGCUAGGAGAACUGGGCGUGUUGUUAUAAAUGGUUUUGAAAAUUUAGAGUGUGUUAGAAACGAUAGCAGGUGGUUGGUUUCUGCAGUAAUCGGGAACACGAAUCAAGAUGGCUGUUCACCUAUCAUAACCCCUCGCCUACCAUCAACGGUCAAACAGCUCGUGACAAAGCCGGUGGUAAUGAGGUGUCUAGGAGCUGGCAACCCUGAACCGGAUAUCCGGUGGAGACUGCCCAGUGGCUCACUGUGCAAAUCUGGGUCAGUUUGUGUCAGCGUGAAUGUUGACCAACACGGUACAUUGAAUAUACCGCGUCUGGCCCCAUCUCUUCAGGGAGUGUACACGUGUCUCGCUGUAAACAAAAACGGCAACAUCCGGGCACCUAUCAACGUCACUGCAGAGAAAUUCAAAACCCAUGCGCUGAUCCUGGAAAUUGGGUCAGAUUUUCUGAAGUAUACGUGGACGGAUUUAGACUGGGUGAAUCAUUUUGAGAUGCAGUAUAAAUACGAAGUUCUGUUGAUCCAGUAUAUUAACAGAGGCCACGAUUGGAGAAUACUGCGCAAAUUUGACAUCAAGCCGUAUAUGAAAUACAGCACAUUUAACGGUCUAAAAUCACAGCAGUCCUAUGGUGUUUGUAUUACGAUAGACGGAGAACAUGAUAAGGCUUUAAUGAACUGUAAAAAUGUAACAACACUUGACAAAGUACUGGACGAUCAUUAUAGAAUGGUACGUAAUUACGUCUUGGGCAUCGGAUUAACUGUAUUAUUCGUGGGCGCCGCAGCCACCACGGUUUGUUUAGUGCUUAUAAAUAGAUAUAACAGGCGACAUGAACGGACGAUGUCGUUUCUAUGUGGCACGGGGCGUCAGUCCAGAUUAUGUUCCGUUGAAACAGACAGCCCAUCUGAAACAUUCCCAAUAAGUUACGAAAACAGAGGUGCGUCCUCUGAGCCGGUGUUUAAUGAGGACGAUCUGGAGGAGAUACGGGAGUCCAUUUCGCUCGCUCGGUCAGGAUCCACUGAGAGUCGCCAAGCUUUUUCUGGAAACAUCGAUGAGUAAUGUACAGCUGAAUAAAGUCUUUUC